AUGAGUUCCAUAUCAUUUGAUUCUUCUGAUGAUAUUUGUUUAAUAUCCUCUGAUGAUCUCGAUGUUAUAUCAAGUUCUUCUUCAAUACGUGUUCGAAAUGUCUCUAAUUCGUCUUCUUCUGAUAAUUAUACUCCUGAGCAAUUGAAGCAAUGCUUAUUAAAAAGAAAUCAAAAAUAUCGUCUUGUUAGUAAUGAUUCAACAAAGUCAUUGGCAGCUUGGUGGCGUGCUUUUGGAUUUAUAAAUGUUCAAAAUGAAAAUAAUAAGUUUGAACAAAUUGCCGGUUAUAUUAGUUGUUUAAAAUGUUAUCAUACAUUUCGAUAUGGAUUUAAAAGUGGAACAAAACACUUUGUCGAUCAUGCAGAUCGAUGUUUUCCCUUAAUUUUCCCAGAUUCUGUUGCAGCUAAUACAGAUGAUUCAAAUUUAGUUCAACGUAAAUUAGAACAAACUGAAUUAAAUUAA